GUAAGAGCAAGGGCGUGGAGGUGGAAACAGCCGGUUAUGCCGUCCUGGCCAUGAUGACUCAGGACAGUACACGCUUCUAUCUCCAGGCCACAAAAGUUGUCAAGUGGAUCUCCUCCAAGAGAAAUGGUCAAGGAGGUUUUGUCUCAACACAGGACACUGUGGUGGCUCUGCAAGCUCUUGCCAGCUUUGAGAGCCACCAUAACCAGGGCACCGAAGACCUGGAGGUCUCAGUCAGAGCACAUCAACUCCUACACUACUUCCACAUUGAUCGCUACAACAAACUUCUUCAGCAAAUGGUUCAACUUCCCACCAUUCCCAGCAAUGUUUUGUUUGACAUGAAGGGAGAAGGUUGUGCCCUUGUUCAGGCUGUUGUGAGGUACAAUGUUCCCGAGGACACGCCCAGUGAAGCCUUUCUCCUGAAUGUCACCACACAAACUGCCCCAGACCCCAAGUGUGUCACCAAGAGCAUCGAGGCUUGUGCGUCAUAUCAACUUCCUGACAAGACGUCAAACAUGGCAGUUAUAGAAGUCAACUUAGUGUCCGGUUACAUGCCUGUAAAGGCAGACCUCAAGCAGGUUGUGGGAGACGGCACAGGACUGCUCAAGCGUUACGAAGUUGAUGGGUACACAGUUACCUUUUAUGUGGAGCAGUUGUCGCAGGAGGACGUGUGUGUGAGCUUCCGUGUGACUCGAGAGCUGGAGGUAGAGGACCUUAAGCCCGGAACGCUCAAAGUCUAUGACUAUUACCAACCAGAAUUAUCUCUCAGUAAAAGUUAUAUUCUGCCCCCGAGUGACGAGUGCUGGGAAUAAUCAACAUUAAGUAUUGUUAGCAUUAUUGAUGGACCCGUGUUUAUUGGUUAUGUUGUUGUUGAAAAUGAUAAUGUUGAAGAUGUGUCAAUAAUACUCAACCCAGAAAACAAUCCUCUCUCAAGGGUUUUGCCAAAGAAUGUUCUGCAUAUAUAUUACCGCAAAAUUUAUUAGGUAUAAAUAAAUUUUCACGUUAGUUAAGUUGACAACACAUUAUUUGUCUGCUAUAAAAUCCUUCUCUCUUUAAUUAUUAAGUAAUAAAAUGUAUCUAUAUUUAUCUAUGAUAUUUGAGGGAUGUGUAACCAAUGGGACAAAUCCCUCACACAGCAUAACAUAUAUUGCUAAGUAACGAAAUGUUUAUAUUCAGUUAUUAUUAUUACUCUUU